GAACACAGCUAAGCGGCAAACAGCUGUUUGUCAAUUACUUUGACUUCUUGCUGAUAAGGCAGAAAUAUUUGUUGACAAAGAAAAAGGAAAUCAAGUAUGGUUGAGCAGGCAGCGGAGGACUAUGCAAAAAUUCUGCAAAGCAUAAAUCUCGAGCGUGAGAUUCAUCCGAUUUGUAUGAACAUUGAGGACAUGUUGGCACGCCUGGACGAACUAGACACAUUGUUAUCGAGUGCGCGUGCUGAAAACAAUACCAUUUUGCAGAAUCAUGUUGGUGGUAUACUAGCAUUUAGUGAUCACUUUCAGAAUCUCCGUGAACGCAUUGACAAGUUGGAACAGUUCGUAGAAAAUGUAAACACAAAUGUAAAUGAAGUUGAAAAAUCAUUAGAUAUCGCCGAGCAAGAGCUCAAUGUAACAGAUUACAGUUUAAAAGGUUUGCUUAUUAAACCACUUCUCGCCAAGGCCAUGUCAACAGGGAUUUCCUCGGAAACGACCGAGCAAUCGCCACCAAGUAAUUUAAAAGAUGGUGAAUUUCAACCAGUGCCGAUUUUUCAAACUCAUCUACACUUCGAUGGCGGGCAAAUAAGUUAUAGUGAGGAGGCACUAGAAGUACAGGAGAGCUAGUUGUGAUUUUAUUUUGUCAGCGGGGUUAAGGCUUAAAGUUAUAAUUUAUUUUACAAUUAAGUGCAAUUAUUGAAGGGCUGAAAGAAUAUUUAUGAAAAAUGUAUGUAUACUAUUUGACUAUUUGUAGCUUUCAAAUGUUUGCAUAUGUAUGUGUAUUUGUAUUUUUGUUUAUUAGUGGAAAAAUAGUAAUAUAUUAAAGAUCAAUGGAUUUAUUAUU